AAGGGGCGUGUCCCGGAGGGACGAGGCUAGACGAGGCUAGACGACAGUGGCGACAGCAGCUGGAAGAUCGAGCGCACCUGAAGGGAGGGGUCAGGAGUGCUUGCCUAAUCUCACUGGGACAGGCCGACGUAGACAAACAGCUUCUAUAAUCUCCACUUGGACUGGCCCAGCUUCAAUUAACAAGAGCCGCUUUGUUGAUUUGUCAAACCACUGAGCGAUUUACGAGGGGUUCCGCUUUGGAGAAGUUGGUUGAAAAACCUCUCAGUACAAAGCUGCAUUCAAGCAAGGAAGGAGGCUCAGUUCUCUUCCUAGCUAGCUUCUGAGCUUGGUAUGGAUAAUGGUAGAGCGGUGGAAGGUCAAGUAGGCUUAAAACAGAAUGAUGCGGAGAUCAGAGUCCAUGGACGUAUUCUUCCAGAGAGUCCUGAAGAGAGAAAAAGUGUGAUCAACUCCUUGGUGUCUGGGGCAUUGGCUGGCGCUGUGGCCAAAACAGCCGUGGCACCGUUGGACAGGACGAAAAUCAUUUUCCAAGUGUCGUCGAAUAGAUUUUCUGCUAAGGAGGCCUACCGGCUGAUCUAUCGUACCUACCUCAGGGAAGGCUUCUUCAGCCUAUGGCGAGGCAACUCGGCCACCAUGGUUCGGGUGAUCCCCUACGCUGCCAUCCAGUUCUCCGCGCAUGAGCAAUAUAAGCACCUUUUGGGCAGCUACUAUGGCUUCCAGGGAAAAGCGCUCACCCCUCUGCCCAGAUUUAUCGCGGGCUCUCUGGCAGGGAUCACAGCUGCCAUGUUGACGUACCCCCUGGACCUGGUCCGUGCCCGUAUGGCAGUAACACCGAAGGAAAUGUACAGCAACAUAAUUCACGUAUUUAUGCGGAUAUCUCACGAGGAAGGAUUGAAGACCCUGUACAGGGGCUUCUCACCUACCAUUUUAGGGGUGAUCCCUUAUGCUGGAUUGAGCUUCUUCACUUAUGAGACACUGAAGAAGCUGCAUGCAGAUCACAGCGGGAGGAGAGAACCCUACCCCUUGGAAAGGCUUGUGUUUGGGGCUUGUGCAGGCCUGAUCGGGCAGUCGGCCUCUUACCCUCUGGACGUGGUCCGUCGACGGAUGCAGACCGCAGGGGCGCUGGGCUACUCCUACGGGUCUAUCUUCCUCACCAUGAGGGACAUCAUUCGGGAAGAGGGACUCGUCCGAGGCUUGUACAAAGGGCUCAGCAUGAACUGGGUCAAGGGUCCCAUCGCCGUGGGCAUCAGUUUCACCACCUUUGAUCUCAUGCAGAUUCUCCUCCGAAAAUGGGGACACAGCAUGGACGUGCAGAGGUAACGCCAACCCUGCCGCCCAGGGGUUCCUUGCGGAGUGGGAGUGACCACCACGGUGGCGCCAGUCAGUGCUGACGAACGAGGAUGGACAAAUCCUCCUUUUUUUUUAAACCCCCUUCCCUUGAUCCCAGAUGAGAUUCUCACGGUAGAUCUGAAUGUGACCUCGGAGAAUUCGGUUUCAGACACACAGAUUCCUCUAACUGCGGCCAUCUCCCCUCCGGUUUCCAGAUAACGAAUGUGCAAAGAAAUAAUAGUAGAAAUCAGUGCAGGAUUUUCAUUGUUUUUACAAUGUGAUCGACAUACCCUGGAAUUCUCCGAAUAGGGGAGAAAAGGGGCCUCUUUCACUGCUAGCCUCAUAACUGGAGGCAGCAGCUGAUGUGGUUUUAUCUGUGUCAAACAUUUCCCCCCCCCCCAAACUCUUCCCAUUCCCCUUUUAUUUUAUUUUUUAAAAUUUGUCCACAACUCUCCUCGCCUAUCAUUUACCUCUCGGAAGUGCAGUGCCAGAUUGGGGUGGGAAUAUUUUUCCAUAGAGUUGACUUAAAAAAAGAAGGACGCUUCCUCUGGCAUUUUUUUUUGGGUUGCUGGAAACCAGGAGAUCUUAAAUCGACAGCGUUUCAGGUUGUUACUUUCCAGAGCAGCAUUUAAAAUAAAGGAUUUUGUGUUUUAUUUUGUUUUUCAAAGAAAAAAAAAAAAAGCAGCAAGAACAACAACUACUACUACUACCAGAUAGUUUUUUUCCCUUUUCCAUUGGAGAUGAUUCUGGGGAAAACAUUAUCAGUGCACAGUGUUAACUGGAAACUCUUGCCGUCUUGAUAUGCUAUCCGUUUUCAUUUCUUCAGUAUUAUCCAUAUUAUUUCCGCAGUAGGAAAAGCGUAGAGAAUGGAUGUCAUAAGUGUUUGGUUGGUUGAUUGGAAGGAACGUGAAGGGAUUAUGAGCGCCUGAGAAUCUCCUCUUCCUAUUUAAUAUUAACUUGUUGGGUUCUCAGAUUGAAUGAAGAGCCCUCCCCUGCUUUGUGCGUUUUUAAGAUCUUGCUCGCUUGAAAAUGGAGGAAACACACCUGUUGGCAAAACCGGCAGUCUCAUGUUGUAGCCUCCUUCCUAAAUAAUAUAAUUUCACUACUUAUUUUCCUUUUUCCUCCGUCCCUUUGCUGCUGCUUGUCAGAGUGGAGAAUACCAUUGUGCCAUGUUAGGCAAGCUUCCUGUGGCAGCUUAUAUAUUUCCUGCAUUUAGGUCUCUCUGGAUAGUUUUUUGCUGCUUUUUGCUCUUUUUCUCUUUGCCUGUUUUUCUCCUUCAUUCAACUUCAUUCACUUUGAUUAGGGGUGGGGGAGGAUAGCAACAGAUUACCCCGAUGUGAUUCUCAAGUCCUUCCCUUCUGGCUUGGGGAACUGUGGCCCUUUUAUGACUUGCGGACUUCAUCUCCCAGAAUUCCUGAGCCAGCAUGGCUCGGCUCAGCAUGGCUGGCUCAGGUAUUCUGGGAGUUGAAGCCCACAAGUCAUAAAAGGGCCAUAGUUUCCCACUCCUGGGCUAAAGGAAGAAAGAAGGAAUGGUGUAUGUUACAGGAAAAAAUCUGUGUCUGUUGCAAGGCUAAAAGACACUCGCUUGUGAACUGACAUGGAUCCUUCCCCACAUUUUGUACAACAGGCUGGAAACUGACUCUGACAUUUUGUGGGCCACAAAAUAUUUUGUGGCAAUCUAUACUACGCCUCUCCACACACACACACAGCAUCCUAAUUGUUCUUUAUAUGAUCCUGGAAAUUCUACAACUUCCCCUUGUUUGAUUCUUUGCAACCUCGCUAAUCGAAUUGAUUUCUGCAGAGGGGCUCAGAAUCCAACGGAAGCUUUUGCUGUCGUAAAGCGUUUUCUGCAAUUGAGAUGCUGUAAGUGCCCACCCCCAGAAAGCAUAUUUUUUAAGAAGCAGAAUCCAGAAUGUGAUGCGUAGGUGUUGUGCAGACAAAACAUGUUGACCGUGAAGGAAGAUACGUGAUGAGCAGCCUCAAGGUUGCUUAGCUGCCAACGUGCACAAGUCAAAUCACAAAUCAAUAAAUGUGAAAGAUGUCUCAAAUUGAGACUUAUUAAAUAUGAAAUAUGAAACUCAGCUCUUAGAAGAAGGCUUUUCUCCCGGUUUUAGAAUUUUUUAGAUUCCCUUCCCUCCCCACCCCGUCCACUGCUUAAGCUUGGUUGCCAAUCUAGCUUGUGUUUUUUUUUUAAACCUGCUUUAUAUACUUAAACACUGCACCACUUACCUUAUGGUCUUGCAUAGAGCCUCUUGGCCAGAAAUGUUAGACACUUAUCACAAAACAUCCCCUGGUCAUUGUAAUCAAAUCAAAUUCAUUGGGGGUGUAUUGGACAUUUAGCUGGGGGAACCUGCUAUAAUGGGGAUUUGUGGGGAGCUAAAAUGGGUCUCCCUUUUGUUCCCCAAUAUUAACUCAGCUGGAGAUCUUUACCAAGGCAAGUUCAGUGUGUUUUUCUCUUGUCUGCACAUUCCUAAGGUAGAGAGUGAAAAUUUGGCCAACUUUUAAGUCCUGUGGACUUCAACUCCCAGAAUUCCCAUGGCUGGUUGAGGAAUUCUGGGAGCUGAAGUCCACAAAACUUUAAAAAGUUGCCAAAUUUGAGGAUCCCCGGCCUAGAGCAGAAGUGGUGAACGAAGGCCCCUUUAUGACUUUUGGACUUCAACUCCCAGAACGCCUGAAUUCUGCAAAUUGAAGUCCACAAAUCAUAAAAGGGCCAUCAUUUCCCCACCCUUGGUCUAGAGUCGUUUUUCAAACCCGGCAACUUUAAAAUGCUUGGAUUUCAACUCCCAGAAUUCUCCAGCCAGCAUGCUGGAGUCCACACAUCUUAAAAUCGCCCAGUUUGAAAAACACCGCUCUAGAGUAAGAAUAGUUCAAGGGCAGGUUGGUCUUCCCUACUUGGAUCCUAGCCAGGGUUUUCCUUGGUCUAAUAAUAAUAAUAAUUCGAAAAGGUCAAUACAAGCCGGGCGGCCCUAAACGGCACCUUUCCUGUCGCUGCCAACCUUCCUGAGCUGAGCAAGGUGAUUUUUUAGCAAACCCUCAAUGCUGUUUUUCCAGGGUUAACAGGUCAGUUAGUUGACUGGAGUCUUUGCUGUAAUUUGAAUGUGCCUUUAAAAGGUGCUGUGUUGGCCUCCAAACACAACAGGAGUGUUCUUGUAGGACAAGGGGAACUAUUUUUUUGACAAGUGAAUCAGUGGGGAAACAGGAUCCCUUUCCUUGCAGGGGUUCCUAGCUUUUUACCCUUACAGAGCUCUUCUCCAGGGAUUGUCUGGAGAAGCCACCCUUGAUGUAGGAAAAUCUGUGGUGCGUUCCAGGCAGGGCUGUUCCUCGUAGCUUUGUGCAAACGGAGUAUACGAUUGCAAAGCCACCCACAACAUGUUUCCCCUGAGAGGGUUGUGGGCCCACAAGCAGCGUUUUGAAGGAAAGUGAGCUAGCCACUCAAGUAUUUGGCACCACCGCACAGUCAAGUAUUAUAAAGGGUGACUUUGGAGAGCUACCCCAGCCUUGGGGGGAACGACGGUGUUAAUAUGGCGCGACGCAUUUGUGUAGAAUGUUGAACGCAACGGCCUCAGCUGACGAGAGGUUCUCCUCUGCAUUGUGGCUUUUUAUCUGGCCAACGAUGCUUUUGUUUUAUAUAGAUGUUUAUAGUGACAAAAUUAUAAAGAUCUGUGCCAAGGGAGGAGGUAUAUUUAAUAAUAAAAAUGAAUUAUCCAGUU